AUGACCAAUUUAACAGCUUUGUCGAUGAUACAAGAUGAACAUAAUGAGCAGUUUUCAAGGCUAAAGGACUACAAGACAGAGCUUAUAAGGCAAUUAACGGACUUAACUUCUGGAGAAGAUCCCUUGAAACCACCAUUCAACCACCAUCAAGAGAUGACCGGCUGCCUACAAAGGAGGAAAAGAAAAAAAAAAAGGAAAGGGUCUCCACAGAAGAAGAAGAAAGGAAAGGGAAUAAAUGAGCAUAAAAAGAAGACAAUAAAGCUGGCUGUAAAGGGGAGAAUCUCAUGUUGUGGACGGUGUGGACUCCCAGGACAUAACUCAAGAAGAUGUGAUCAAACCGGAUGUUUCUUUCCCAGACCAAAGAAACAACCAUCCGGUCUUAGUGAGAGAGAGGGACCAAGCCAGCAAAGCCAACCAUCGCAGAAUUCUCAUCAACCAUCGCAG